AUGUUGCUUGGAUGGCACUCCCUCGUGCUGUAUGCGCUGUACGCGCUGUUUUACCUACAACGAGCCGCGGCACUUCCCCAGGGCACGACAACAUCCGAAGUCACAAGUGUAGCAUCCCCCCAACCUACAGCGGGGAAUUCCACCGUAGCAGGGGAAAGAAGAUGUGAUUUUGACUCGAUCAACGACUUCUUCAGCUAUGCCACCGAGAACGGAUUGAACAUCACGGUGGAGGUGCAGAACUGCCAGAAUCUGUGCCUGCUUACGUAUGGAGUCGGCAACCCAGAUCUCUCAGGAAUUGGCACCGCGUUCACGAUUCUCCUCGGCCCCGUCUACCGACUCCUCUACCUGGCCUUCGCCCAAGCCAGCGUCUUCAUCCGUGACGCCAAAGACAUCCAGCUCAACUUCUUCUCCUCCAAUGGGUUUUUCAUUGGCUCGUCUGCGCUGGCUUCACUCGCCCAUCUAUCCCAGAACCCGUCGACCUUCGAGGUGGCCGAGAUUCAAGCCAUGGCGUUCCUGCAGGUCAACAGCGUCCUAGUCACUUUCUUCUGUAUGGUCGUCGCGCAGCCGAUGUCGCGCUGGGGUGCGCGAGUGCUCCUCUACAUUGUCGUCUUUGUUCUCAUCAUCGUCACCCUGGGGGAGAGCCAUCUUAAUUCCGACAGCAAAGAGAACUGGCGCCUCGCCUCGGAUGGCUGCGCGCACAGCUCGUCGGACUACAGCGUCAUUAACCCCGUUCCUUACCCAUCUUGGGCUGUCGCUGUCUUUGCAGUCGCGGGAACAGUUGCGUUCUGGCUGCAGUCGUUGAAGGAAAGAUUCCAGGCAGACAAGCUGCACAAAACCAUGUUUCGAAUCCUCAUGCUGUUCUGGGUGCUACUAAUCGCCUUGCUGACUGCAGGCAUGGUGGUUGGUUUGACGAUGAUGUGGCGGCAACGCCGGCACUUGAAGAGUCUUGCGAGGGACCAGUUCGAGGAUGACGAAUGGGGAUUCGGGCAGAUUGCUGCUUUGACGAUCUGGGCACCAAUACCGGUCGAGUUGCUUCAUAUCCUCAAUGACUUGGCUCAGAGAAGGUCGUCAAGAUGGAGUCGCUGGAAUCAAACCAUCAGCGCCUUUUUCUCUCCUAAGGCACAGAAGCAGGACGUGCAGUCUUCGCCUACUUCUGACUCGCAACCUGAAAUGAAGGUGCAGGGUGGGAAUGGAAGAAUUGUCGAGGUUGCCGAUAGGUAG